CCAUCAUUGACUGAAGAACAGUCUUUGAAACGUCGACGUGGAUCGAAGAACCAACAUUACUUGAUUAUGAAGCAGAGGAAGAAGUAGAAGAGGAAGAAACUACGGAAAAGGAAAAGGACGACGAAAUGGAAGUGGCCGUAAAACACGCAUCAGAUGACGAAGAGGAAGACGAAAUUAAAUUAGAAACAGAAGACAGCGAUGUUGACAACAGAGAAGAAGAGAGAAGACCCGAAGGCAUUGCUGUAGACAAGAUCGAUCCCAGUGACUUUGAAGUGAUCGAAAUCGUGGAAGUGCCAGCCAAAGGGAAGAAGAAGAAGGACAAGAAGAAAGUGCAUAUCCACACCGGCGAGGAAGCGGUAGAUGUCCUCCACAAACUGGCCGAGGAACAGAUGUCCAAGCACGCAGGCGAGACAACGAAGACCCCCAAACCACCAUCUUACCAGUGGCACGCUGGCAACUGGUCCGAGUGUAGCGUGGAGUGUGGCGGAGGCGUGAGUACCCGAACUGUGGAGUGCAGAAACCAGGUCACCGCAACUCUUGCAGAUCCACGUUUGUGUGACCUGUUCCCGCCCAUCGACCUGAAGUCCUGCAACACCGUGGAGUGCGCGGACUGGGAGGUCGGCGCGUGGGGCGAGUGCGAGGGCGAGUGCGACCUGGGGGAGAGGCAGAGGGCCGUGUCGUGUCCUCCUGAACGUCGCUGCUCCCCCGACGCGCGACCCCCUGAGGCCGAGCCCUGUGAGCUCCGGCCCUGCCUCGCGUGGGUGGAGGGACCCUGGAGCCUGUGCACCAAGUCGUGUGGAGGAGGCUUUCAGUUCCGCCACGUGAAGUGCGUAGACGUGCGGACACAGGAAGAGGUGCGGACGUGCAGUCGUGACUCGAAACCGAAGCAGAAAUUGGCGUGCAACAAGCACCGUUGCCCGAAGAACAGACGAGGUCAUCAGAAAAGGUGUCGUGACCGCUUGGAUACCAAACUGUGCAAGAGGCUCAAGCGGAUGUGUACCACCAAGUUCUUUGCGAUCAAAUGUUGUAGGACUUGUUUGGGGAGCCACUGAUGACGUCACGCUAUUGGUGAUGACAUUGCGCGAACGGACUGAUGGCGUUCGUAGAUUCACCGGAUGCAGCCG